UAUAUUUACUCGUUCUCAACUCCAGGUAUCGCAGCAUCGCGGAUGUUAACUACAUUUUCCAAACUUACUUACAUAUGGUCAGUUCAACAAAAGUAACAGACUGGAAUUUGCAUAAGCCUUGAUUGUCUCCAACAUCAUCUAAUGUUGGUGACGUCACACAGUUUCGGAAAAUUAGCGCACCUCCGCUAUAUUGUAAUGUUGUCAACGUCAUAGAAUGUUUUCAUGUUCUGUAAGGUGAUGAGGUGAUAGGAACAAAUAUAACUGAGGUUGAAAAUAUUGUUUAGUGUUCAUGCUUGGUCAUGAUUAUCCAUAGGAUGGAGAUGAUUGUGUUUGUGGCCACGAUUCUGCCUUGUCUGUGUAUGGGUCAUUCAGACACAAGUGUGCGGUUGACGACGACACAUCCUGUCGCAGAGGGAGGAUCACUUAUUUUGUCGUGUUCGUUGACCAAUGACACCUCUACGCACGCCGUGUUUUAUUUCAAGAAUAGGACAGCCAUCGGAACAGUACGGCGUGCGGGAUACAGUUGUCAGAAUGGUACUACAGGUCAGGCGUGUAACAGGCGGUGUAGCUGUACCCGAGACGGUUCAUCCUUCUCCAUGAAUAUAUCUAAUGUGAAUAGAUCUUGGAACAAGGCACGUGUCUACUGUCAUACCGGCCACAUAAGUGUUGCUAGUAACACUACAGAGAUAACUGUAACAUAUGGACCUGAAGUGGAUCUUGUUUUCGCCAAUACUACAGAAAAUACAACAAACUUUCAUCUGAAAUGUACAGCUAGUGGUGAACCUGACCAGUACACAUACAGGUGGAGACACACGUUCGGAUCUACAGUGAUUAGGGUGACGUUUGACAACGUGACGAGUUCAGGGUCUGUUAGUACACUGACCAUUCCCAAAGUGACCUACCAGGACAUGGGGACGUAUAAAUGCAAAGCGGACAACGGACACAGGGAAGGAGAUGACCGGGGAUUUCUGUCAGUGCAGGGCAGACCACAAGUAAUCGAAGCACAGCAGAGAUAUGUAACAGAGAAGGACAUCUCCCGUGACAUCAACAUAACCUUUGUCAGCUUUCCUAAACCAGUCAACACGACCAUCUUACGAUUAGACUCCGCUCUACCUCCUCACAGUGAACUUUAUGUCAGCGUCUCGUCUGUUCCUGUGACAAUGUCAUUCUACAACAAGAAUGUUUCUGUUGAUGGUUACAUGGUAGAGUUACACUUCAGCAAGUUUGAAACGAAACACCAAGGCCGUUAUCAGCUGUAUGUCUGGAAUAUGUAUGCUUACUAUUACAACUUUGAUAUAGCUAUAUCCGACAAGCCAGACUCCCCUGCAUAUCUAAUGAUAGCGCAAAUCACGGACAGCAGCGCCAUCAUAUCGUGGACUCCAAUGGACGACAACGGGAAUAGUCAAACGUUUACAGUAAUUUGCCGAAACAGCAGUGGAAUACAGACUAAUGUCACCCUUAACCAUAGCGUUUCUUCCUACACCGUUAGAAAUCUUGACAUCUCAACAAAAUAUCACGUUACCCUUUAUGCAAGCAACGUCAAAGGAACCAGUGUUCACGUUACCAGCUCAUUUAAGACGAAAUCAGUUCCACAAGAUGAUGGGGAUACUUUGAAUUCAACAAGAAUAGCCCUCAUAUGCGUGUCGUCCAUUCUUGCUGUUGUGGUGGUUGCGGUGGCCGUUUCUGUUUCAAUUUGUAUGCGGAAAACUCCUUGGUGCGUUAAGAAAGACGACACAAGGAUACAACACGUGGCUGAAACAAGGCAGCAUUCCGGACGAGACAAUAAUAACUGUUUACUGACAGGUGCGGUCAACGAAAGCAAUCAAAGGCUGUCGAUCUAUGAAGCUCUGAAUCUUGACAAUAGGAGUUCACCUGCAAUAUAUGAAGACACUCACGGGCAAGGUCAGCAACCAUCUGGCGAUGCCAGUGAUGGACAUCCCUUUGGGGUUCAUGGAAAUGACACAGAAUCACAUGUGUAUGAAAACUAGUGAAGAUACAGUAAUGAUGGUUCAGAGUUUCUGAUAUGGCAAACAUCUACCUUUUCAAGGAAAAACGUGUUAGUCCAAAGACAAGACCAUGAAUCAAUGAUGAUCUUUUGAGUGAAAUUUUGUACCGAGAUUUUCCAGGGUAUUUAAACCAGAAGCUGACUAGCAGUCGUUUCGCGCAUCUCGUAAUCGCGUCCUUACCAAGAUUACACGUGCAAAGCGAGACUUCUUAGACGAUGCUUUCCUGGAAUGCCCGAAAAAUUCAAAGGAAAUGUGUAAGAGGAUUAAAACAUUUCUUCCCAAUUCAAAAUCAUCUCUUCCUUCGAGAGUCAAAGUCAAUGACAAUGACGUUAAAAAUGACUAUGAUAUUUCAAAUUGUUUCGAUACAUGUCUUAGUACUAUUGGCUGUAAAAAUCUGCAACCAAGUUUGACGACAGCCUUACCCAUGUUGAUUUAUUUGAUACUUUUAACAAGUUUGUUUUCGCCCAUGUAAACAAUGAAUUUGUAUGUAAACAAAUCAAACUCCUUUAUGAUAGCCAAGCUUCUGGCCUAGAUGGUAUUUCUGUUAAGUUACUGAAAUCGGCUUGCGAGGCUGUAAUUAAUCCACUUGUUUGUAUUUUUAAUGUAUCUAUCAAUUCAUGUUCAUUUCCAAAAGAAUUGAAACUGCAAAAGUUUCUCUACUGUGUAAGUCUGGUCAUAGGACUGAUGUCAACAAUUACAUGCCUUUCUACUUUCUGUUUUACCUAUUGUAAGUACGUUACUUGAGUGACACGCGCAUGAUUAUCUCUAUACGUGUCUCUGUGAUAACAGUCUGUUGAGUGACAGUCAGUUUGGGUUUCGUCCAGAUCACUCUACUGAGUCGGCACUUAUCAGCUUAUUUGAAAAGUAGUUUAAGAAUAUAGACGAAGGUAAACUUACAGGUGUCAUGUUCCUUGAUCUAAGCAAGGCAUUUGACACGGUGAGCCACCAUGUGCUUCUUCACAAACUCAAAUAUUAAAGACUGUCAGAUAUGUGUCUUAGAUUCUUUUCAUCAUACCUUAAGGAUAGACACCCAUGUGUAAAUUGUAAAGGUAAAUUGUCCAAGUUUGUACCUGUGACAAUUGGUGUUCCUCAAGGAUUCAUCCUUGGACCCAUGAUUUUUUAUACUUUAUAUGAGGACAACAGCAAACAUAUCCAUCAUUGUUUUGUCACCACGCUAAUAAUACCUCACAAGAUGUAGUGGGACUAAUGUAAACGAUAUUGAAUUUAGUCUGUUAGAGGAUCGUAAGCGUACAGUCAAUUAAAGUCAAAACUAACUAAGUUUUAACCUGAAUAAGACCCAAUGUAUUAUGAUUGACCCAUCCCAAAAGCUACAUGUAUCAACGGCGAGAAAACUGAAACUCGAGAUCAACGGUCAUGUCAUUGAAACUGUACAUAGUGCCAAACUUCUUGGUGUUAUUAUUGAUGAAUGUUUGAGCUUGAAAAAACAUAUAUAACAUGUAUGUCAGAAAAUAUCCAAGAAGGCUGGUGUUUUUAAACGUGUAAGACCAUUUAUGUCCAUCUAUCUGUAUGACAAAAAAGUGUACCAUAGCAUUGUUUUACCGCACUUCCUAUACUGUUCUGUGUCAUGGUGUACUCCAUUUAAUAUGGAAUAUUUAAACAAACUGUGUAUGCUUCAAAAACGGGCAGCAAGAGUAGUUCUUUUACAACUGUUAAGGUGACUCCCAUUGCUGAAAUUUGAUGAUUUUAGGAAUGCUGAUUUUUGUAAAAGAUUUGACAUGGCCAAACUGUACCUGUUCUAAAUGAAAAUGUUAGCUAUUUUCUACAGUUUUCACCAGAACUAUGGCAAAAAACUUGAUGCGAAAAAAUGUAGAACAACUUAGUAUAAAAGAUGUUUGAGUUACUCUGUAAGUAUUUUAUGGAUCAAUUUCGAAAGCUCACUGAUCUUUUUUUUUUUUAUCUAUUAUAGUGUUUUUUUAAGCCAAAAGUUUUUAUAUAUGUGAGCAUUUUAAGGACAAAUUUAAAAAGCUUACUCCACAAUUUUACGUAGUUUGUGUCUUUAAAAAGGAAUACCUGCAGAUAAUGUUUUAGAUGAGACGAAUAGUUUUAUACUUUAGCUUGUCAGGAUCUGCACAUGAGAUAUUGCUAUCAUUUAUGUAUACUGUAUAUGUCAUUGUAUGUAGCAUGCUCAUCUCCAUCGUAAAUAGUGUACUUUAGGGCCAUAUUGUAAAUGUAAAUCUAAAUAUGUAACUAUGUCUAAAUAACAUAUUUCAUUAUUAUUAUUAUUAUCAUGCCCUUUAAAGACCACAGAAGUUCGUAGGGCGUAAAUCACAAACAAACCAAAGCAAACAUUUCGUAAAAGAUGAAAAGUGUUAAAUCCAACUUAAGAUUUUAUUUUUUCAGCAUUUUCUCUGUUAAAUAAAUUGUUUGUUAAAAGCGUGCUGUGUUCACACCAGUUUUAAUAAGAUAAAAUUAGUAAACAACUUUCUUUUAAUUAUCAUUUUUAUUAUUUUGUUGUUUGCUUUGUGGUUUUAUUUUAGAUAAAACAACGUAAACUAUGUUUCAGUUCCGAUUGUGUUCUUUAUAGAUCUUCAGAGGAUCGUCUAGUGUUUUUUACAGAAUUUACGAGAGAAAAUAAAUAAUGGUGAUUUCCGGUUCAUCCACAGUAAACAUAAAAGUGUUCAAAAAGUAUAAGUAUAGUUCAAUCGGCAGGUAGAAAUUCCAUCUGUUGUGUUCAGAAAUUACAUUAAUGCAUGUUAAAUUACAUAAAUAAUGUUUUUGGUUAAUUGAAGAAGUAUUCCUCUCAAAACGAAGAGCGCUCUAAACAAUUAAGUUCUCUUGAAGGCGACCGAUAAAUUGCAAUUCUUUAUCCUUGUAAAAUAUGUAUUUGAUGUUUGUCACAUUUGCAUAUAAUUUGAUAUUGUACAUAUUUUUUUCCAGAAGGCAUAUGCUUCAUCCUUGACUAAAUAAAUGCUAUAUUUU